AUGCACCUGAUAGGAGAGGAAUGGAUGGGAUGUGGACGAAUGGAGGGGUACUACUCGUACCACAUGAGACUAGUGGUUGUAGGGCUGAUUUGUAAGUCGCGGGCAGUGAGACAGGAGGAGGAGGAGGAGGAGGAGGAGGAGGAGGAGGAGGAGGAGGAGGAGGAGGAGGAGGAGGAGGAGGAGGAGGAGGAGGAGGAGGAGGAGGAGGAGGAGGAGGAGGAGGAGGAGGAGGAGGAGGAGGAGGAGGAGGAGGAGGAGGAGGAGGAGGAGGAGGAGGAGGAGGAGGAGGAGGAGGAGGAGGAGGAGGAGGAGGAGGAGGAGGAGGAGGAGGAGGAGGAGGAGGAGGAGGAGGAGGAGGAGGAGGAGGAGGAGGAGGAGGAGGAGGAGGAGGAGGAGGAGGAGGAGGAGGAGGAGGAGGAGGAGGGGGAGAGGCUGGGAGGAGGAUGGGAGGACGACGGAGGUGAUUGGGGGGAGAAAGAGAUGGUGGACAAAACAGGGUCGGAGGAGGAGGGAUAUGAUGAAGAGGGGAGAGUGGAUGGAUGGGAGGCGGAAAUGGAAUGGGAAGCUGGUCGAUUCGAGGGAGAAUGGUGGGGCUCUCUUCGCCACUAG